CGUAGUCUCUUGGAUGUCUACUGCAGCAAGACAGUUGUAUCACAGUCUCGUUCCACCAAUAGAUCUUGUGCUCCACGCUUACGAAGACGAUUUAAAAAAUGUGGAGACAUUACUCGGAGAGUCCAUUCAGCAAGCCGUGGCAUCCGAAAGUGGAAUCGAUUUAGUUUUCGACUCUUUAGCAGACAUUAUCACCGAAACUGAAGACCUCUCUGCAAAAAUAUCAUCCCUUCGCGAUGUAAGCAUCAAAGCCGGUGUAUUGGCAUCCGCUGCCUCAGACAGGAUAAAAGAUUUGGUCAAACAGCUGGAAACCCUGAAGAAAUAUUGCACCGUUAAAGAUAUGCCUUUAUGUGAUACUUUGAACUCUCACUCUUUGGAAAUGAAAAUGAAAUUUGACAUGAUCCUUCACGAGCAGCAACUACCAGAACUUCGUAAAUUAGGCGUUGAGAACUUAACGAGAGCCAUUUCGAUCUCCAGACAGGAGUUUCGAAGUAUACCUUCUGUUGUAUCCGCACAAACACUAAUUGCCAGACAAGCUGUAUUAAAGGAUAUAGAAACGAGAAGACAAGAAGUACACAAUUCAGCGAAGAUUGUAAACAAUAUCGUACGUGAUCUCACGGCACGAUUACAUUCAAUGGCGAAACAAAUCGAUAGAAGCUUAGAAAGGAUACACAAAUACGAGUUCGGAAGAUGGAUUAUAAUGUUAGCAUGCAUACUAAUGUUCUCACUUGUGAUGGCGCUUGUACUAAUGGCUAUGGUGUGUGGUUGUGGACAAGCAAAAAAUCACGCCCAAAGAACACUAAAGGUGUCGACAGUAUUGCUUUGUUUCAUAUCUUUGUUACUAUGGUCGGUGGUAUCAGCAAUAUUUCUUGCCUCGGGACACGCGGAAGUUUACGUCUGUCACGCUCUAUGGGAUAGUCCGCAAUAUGAGACACUUACAGCUCUGUUCGAUAGACCAUCACCACUACUAUCAAACAGGGAAGGAAUCUUUGAUGCCCUCUUCAACAAUGUCGAUAAUGUCACAAUGGAUAUUUCUAUCAAAGAUGUCAUAAGAGACUGUGAAAAGGACCGUCCGGCGUACGUAGUGUUUCAGUUAGACAAACUCUUGGACGUGAAUAAAGAAACUUCGUACUUCGAAUGGGAGGAACUUCAAGCCGACUUAAGCGGACUUGCAUCAGCAAUAGAUGUCGGAUUUUUGAAAACGAUAUCCUUUGAUUUCAUUAAAUUGUUGAACGAAAUGCUCGUGGUUUCCGGUGUAGAUUUUGCGAAAUAUAGGAUGGAUUAUAAUGUUCCUAUGGUCGGUAAAGAUUUGCCAUCAUUAGUGGAUCAGCUCGAGAAUGUUGCAGCGCAAGUAACAGAUUUGACCACAGCUGGCAGAUUAGAGACAUUGACAACAAGAACACAACGAUUGUACAUAAAUAAUAUAAAGCCUUUAGAAGAAAUGAGAGCAGACAUAGUAUUCAAACUAACUGAGCUCGAAUUACAGCUGAAACCAUUUAGAAAAAAACUAAAUAUUUCUCUUAGUCAUAUACAUACAGCCCAAUAUUAUAUUGACAAUCAAGGAGAUGUUAUAGCCCAAAAGAAAGUCUCCACAUUCGUGUCCCGUCUCAUCUCGCACGCUGCCGGCUGGCGCACACACGUGCUCAUGUCCACCGGGAAACACGCGGCUAAAUGUCGACCGCUGUUCACAGUUUACUCCGCACUUAGAUCACUAAUAUGCAGCCAUUAUGUCGCAUCGUUGCACGCUUGGUGGGUCUGCGGUUUCCUACUAGGACUCAUAUGGUGUAUUGCAGUAACACCAUUAUGCGUCAAACUUUGGAGAUUUUAUAGUCGGAAAAUAAGAACUCACGAAACAAUUAUUCUCACUAGUUUGGGGCAACAAGAAACGCCUACAACGGCUCUGUGUGAUGGAAGCAAUUGGAAUACACCCGGACCACCGCCUCCGCCUAGAAGUGACAGUUGGUGAAAUGUCAAAAAUUUCAAAAUUUUCAAGCGCAAAAAUGUUUUUGAUCACAACACUGGACGGUAACCAAAUUACAA